UCAAACACAACUAGACUUUGAGAUGUUAAUAUUGUCUGAAUGAUUGUGAAUUUUGUUUUUCUGCUAUUUUUAAAUUACAUGAUCAUGUUUUACUCCAAGAUGAAUAUGGGAUUAUCUGAGUUUUUCAAUGUGUUUCUUCCUCAGAAAUGGAGCAAACUCUAUAUUUCAUUCUUCUUCUCAUUGCUCUCUGCUCCGUAUCUGAAUGUGUUCAGCGUCAGUAUCACUUUAUAAACGUGAAGAAGACCUGGACUGAAGCUCAGACAUACUGCAGAGAGAAUUACACAGAUCUGGCCACCGUUGACAACAUGAACGACAUGAACGAGCUGAAGAAGAGUGUGAAUGAUGAACGUGUCUGGAUUGGGCUGGAGAGGACGGGUCAUAAUAAAUGGCAGUGGUCUUCAGGUGAUCCUGCGCUCUAUCUGAACUGGGGACCUGGACAACAUGAUGGCAGAGAUGAGUGUGCUUUUAUUUCAAAUGGACAAUGGUAUAAUUUCUCAUGUAGUAACAGCCUGACUUUCAUCUGCAGUUCAUCUAACAACACGAACACAGGACUCGUCUUUGUCAAUCAGGGGAAGAAUUGGAGAGACGCUCAGAGUUACUGCAGACAGAAUCACAUUGAUCUGGUCAGUGUGAGGAACCAGAAUGAGAAUCAACAGCUUCAGAAGUUCAUUAGUGAUCAUCAUUCAUCUGGAUCAUGGAUCUGGAUCGGUCUGUUCAGAGACUCAUGGCAGUGGUCAGAUCAGAGUAACUCCUCAUUCAGAUACUGGAAUCCUGGUGAACCUAAUAAUAUUGGAGGUAUUGAAAACUGUACAGCGAUCUAUCAGAACGCUCAGGGACAAUGGAUAGACAUCUCUUGCAACAACCAGUUUCCUUUUGUGUGUCAUGAAGAUAAACUGAUUCUGAUCAAAGAGAAGCUGACGUGGUCUGAAGCUCUGAGAUACUGCAGACAGAAUCAUGUGGAUCUGGUCUCGGUUCAUUCAGAAGAGAUUCAGCGUCGUGUGAUGAAUGUGGCUAAACAGGCGUCUACUGAGGCGGUGUGGUUGGGUUUACGUUACUCCCACAUUUUGGGCCUCUGGUACUGGGUGAGCGGAGACACCGUGUGCUAUCAGAACUGGGCUCCAGGGAACGGCACAGCAGUGGAGAACUGUGAGUCUGCAGUGAGAUCUGGAGCAGUUCAGUCUGGAGGAGAUCAGCGCUGGAUCAGCCGUCCUGAGACUGACAGACUCAACUUCAUCUGCAGCAGAAAUGAAGAGUGAAGGAUUU